AUGGCACUCUCGACAAAACGCCCACGGUUCUUCUUCCAUCCACGGCGCCCAAGCCUCAGUCCAUCCGAAUCAUCAUCGCAGCUCGAGCAGCCGUUAUCAAUAGUCGCAUCCACAUCGGCCGUACCCCUGCAGGCCCCCAAACCGUCCUCCUCCGCAACCGAACAAGCAGCCGAGCUCCUCAAAAUAACAAGCCAUAUCCGCACACAGCUCCAGGAGGUACAACGUCUGCGACAGCUCAAAGCACCGGUGUUAGAUCCCGCCGAGUCGAACUGGAUAGACUCAACGAUCGCCGACAGCGCCGAUGCAACACACGAUAUAGCCGUGCUAUUAGAGCCGACCCGCAUAGAGCAGGAGAUUCGCAAUGGGAAGCUCACUCUGGGGAGACAGUUGCGCUGGAAAUAUCGGGAUAGUCAACGAGCGAUUAAUAAGUCUCAUCGGUUGCUGGCGUGUCACCAUAGCCUGAUCGGGGUUUUGAAUUAUCUUCAGCGGGUGGAUACCUCACUGUCAAAGCCUCCGAGGACAUAUGAGCUUGAUGCUGGGCUCAUUUCAAGUGCUUCUCUCGAGGUCAGUGAGUUGGAGGUCAUUCCUGCUGACCCUGCUCGGGGAAUCAUGGUAAGUUCUGGUGGAAACGAGUUUAAGUGCGUUGUUGAGGGGCCGGUAGAAGAGAAGACCAUGGUUUCUAGUUCCACGAAGCUACAUACUGUCGUGGGUAAGCCUGCCGAGAAAAACAUGGUGGGUUCUGAUGCCCUAGAUUGUGAGAUGGACGAUUUGCUGGCUUGGCGUCGGUCGAGAGGCCCCAUUGCUGACACCAAACUGCCUGUCCUUCGCAUCUCGCGCGAGUUUGAUACUAAUGCUUGA